GAAGGGUGAAGAGCAUGUGAAAUGCAAACAAAGUAAAAUUAUUAGGACAUUAUAUCGUCAAAAAACACAUUCUGAAGCAAAUUUCGUUUGAAGUUUUGAUGAAUUAUUGCCAAAAUGAGUUCUAAUACGUUCACAAAAUACACCAAGUAUACAAUUGCAGAGCUUGAACGGUAUGUUGUAAAUCCAGCCGCCUGUGUAGAAAAAAUAGAAUGGAUAGACAUUAUUUCUGUUUUACCCAAAUAUCUUAACAACAUUGCUGAUGGUGUAAAAAAUUACCUCUCCAAAAAAAUUGGAACCUACGACAGAAAAAUUGACGGUGUAAUUUUGGCUUUUAAGAAUACAAAGAUUCUGAGUCCAUUAAUGGCGAUUCGUCCCAAUAGCGUGCGAAUACACAUGAAAAUUAAGACAGAUUUCUAUAUUUUUAAACCGAUCAAUGGGUCUGUUGUGGAAGGAACGAUACAGUAUGUAUCUAAUAAUUACCUUAGUGCAGUUAUCUAUCGAGUUUUCAACGUUACUAUAAAACUGCAGUCGAAAAUGCUCCUGAAUAUUGCUCGUGGGAGUGAAAUAAAAUUUAUCAUUAAAUCAUACGAUUUGAAAACAGAUUUGCCCUACAUUGAAGGAGAACUAAUUGAUACAGUGAGCAAAAGCGACUAUUUCAGGCCAAAUGGUAUUGAAACCAACAAUAUUGCAUUCAACAGUGGAACGCAUAUUGCAAUAAAGCGAGAAAAAGUUUCUGACGGAUCUUUCAGUAGUCGACAGGUUGCAUGCAAACCUAAAACAAAAGACAAAAUACGGAAUCACAAGAAAACAAACACUAGUAAUUGUGACAAUAGCAUGCUUACUGAUGAAGAAAUGGAACAUUCUAUUGCUGCUAUUCUAAAAAGUUAUGAGAAGGAAAUUAGCGAUACGGCUGAUUCAGUGCACGAUUCACAUCCAUUAGAACAAUCGCAAAAGUUAACUUCCAAGGCAGAAGACAAAUCAGGACGUAUUGGAUUAAAAAAGAAAAAGAAAUCUAAACGAUGUGAUAUUGAAUCUAUGAAAGAAGCUCUUCUCAAUGAGUUUGCUUCUAGUCAUGAUUUUAAGCAAACCCCGGAAUUAAAACCAACAAUUAAUUGCCUAGAUUUUGUAACAAAAGAAAAAAAGUCUAAAAAGCGCAAAAAAGAUUCAGUUUGUAGUAAAUCUGAUGAUUUCGAGGCAUCGAUCAUGUCUUCUCUGUUAAAAGUCGCUGCUGAAGCAGAAAAAGAAAAGAUUACAUCAGCACACAAGAAAGAAUCGAGGAAAUCAGUUCGAUUUGAUGAUACGAUAACAGAAGUCUCGUUUAGUGCAUUAGACAGUUCGGAACUUAUGGAAAUAUCAUAUUCAAAAGCACAAGGGAUGUCCUCUACAUUAAAAAAUAGUGUCUAGAAAUAGUUAUAAAAUAUUUCGUUUGCAUUAAAGUGCUUGCACGGUUAUC